AUGACCCGCGACACGAACCCGGUGGAAUCGUCGUCUGAACUGCGUGAUGUCGACUUCCAGCCGAGCAGUCUCGUGCAUGCUUCGGUGACCAUUAUCCAUCCCCAGCUGCGUGACCUCAUUCUUCCCCUUGAGCGAGGUCAUAUCAUCUACCCUCAUGUGAUGACCCUGGAGUCGAUGCGAUGGGCGCCUCCUGAGAAGAUGUCACCGAGGGGAGAGGAUGGUCGCGACCUUCCUACACCGUCUCCGUGGGAGCGAUGCUACGAGGAAGCGAUGAGCGGCUUCUACACUGGUCGCCCGCCCCCCAGGAGUUCGAGUCCCGCGAAGCCGACGCCCACCACGCGCACUUUGUUCAAGCUGGAUUUCACGCCGACGUGCCUGACGACCAACGGCGCCUUCCUCGCUUGUGGCGGGCAGAAAGGCGAGUUGUUCAUGUCAGACCUUCCCCCCGGCACUGAGCAGACUGAGGCUAUGCAUGCUGAGCCCAUCAAGCCGUUCGUUCUCAAGCAGAGCCUCACGUCCCGCUCGAUCAACAAUGCGAUCACGAUCCUGCCCACGUUCCCGACCGGCUGGGCGCGGAGGCAGGCGGCCUGCAAACAACAAUAUGUCGGCUAUCAAAGGACGUCUGAGGAGCAAGACGACGAUGAUGUCGAGUCGGACAUCGACUCGGCUGAUUCUGACUCGGACGACAUGGAGGUCGACGACGAAGCAUCGCCCAACGUUGCGACGUACCCGAACUCGCUUCCGUUCGGUCACACCCCUCGCAUGUCGCAGGGACGACGGUCGUCCACCUCUUCCCACCACCACAUCCCUCAGGUUGUGACAUCGCGGGAAGGUAGUGUCGCCUCUGGACGCUCGGCGCGGAGUCGCAUGCACGAGCCGCGUAUCCUCGUUAGCAGCAACGACACCAGUGUUAAGAUGUUCAGCUUGCGGCAUGCUGAAGAUCUCGACCGCGAGCCUCCUUGGGAGAACACCCCUGCGACGAGCGCCCUUCGCCACACCGCCGAGGAUCCCCGUCCAUACGGUCGCCUUCUCGAUGCCGUGCGCUGGGGCUCGGCGGCGCACGGCAACGUGCCGCCUCCUCGCACGCUCUUUGGGUCGUCAUUCGGCUACGACUCGAUUGGACUGAAUGAAGGCAUUUUGUCGCAGAACCUCGGCAUUCCCGCGCGGCCGCAGUCUGCGCAGGCUUCCCGCCAACACCGCGAGCAGCGCACGUCGCGUGACCACCCGAGUCGUGCCGAGGAGGAGCUCCGCCUCCGCGACUCACGCUACCACGGCGAGUCAUGGCGCGGGUACUACAACCGUCAGCCUGCCGCCGAGCGCAUCGGCGCGUCUAACCCAUAUGCUCCGCACAUGCGUGCGACGCACCACCGGCUGUCGAACCAGCCGAGCGCGCAACGGAUCGAUGAGAACAUGGACCAGCGGCGCAUGGAAGAGUGCGAGCCGCGGCGUUUGUCUCGCAUCGGCGGGCAAAAGUUCCGCGUCGCCGUCAACCAUUCAUCGCUUUCUCCCGACCUGCGGACCAUGGUGACGGUGGGCGACUCGACCGACGUAUUCCUGUACGAGGUGAUCGACGGUGGGCGCGAAUUCCGGAAGAUUGGCGUGUACAACGGAGCGACCGACUCUGAGAGCGGCUGGGGCUUCUCGACGGCGUGGUCGAAGGAUGGGCGCAAGUUUGCCGUCGCGAGCCAAGACGGCCAAGUGACCGUUUGGGACCACCGCACCUCUCGUCCGCUCGCGACAUUCUUCAGCCAGCGCUCCGACCCCUCGGCUGACCCGCAACCUUCGGUCCAGCUCGGCGGCGACCACGUCGUAAGCAGCACGGGGCGGGAGGCGGCGCGCGUCGUGAAAUUCUCGCCCGAGGGAUCCUCGCGCGACUUACUCGUCUUUAGUGAAGACACGAGUAACAUUCACAUUGUCGACGCGCGGUCGUUCCAGGCCCACGUCGUGGUGCCUGUGCCGUGGUACCUUGACGAGUCGAGCCGGCCGCGCCACACUGCCCGUCGCAACGGCGUUGAGCAGGGCACGUUUGGUAUCUCGGGCGUCGCAUUCGAUCCUACUGGAGACUGGCUCUAUGCCGGUACCGAGCAGACGGUCGUCGAGUGGGAUCUACGCAGGUACGGCGGCGGAGAGGGCGGCAGCUGGUCCAUGGCGUAA